AUGUCAAGAGGCAUGGCUAGGAGCUUUGAUGAAGUCACCAACAAAAGAACAUUUCUCGGUAAUUUUUGUAAUAAAUUUCAUGUUUCAAUAAACCCAACUUGCGUCAAAAUGUCCUUCCUUUGUUUGAACCCAGCAUGGAGGUUUGGUUCCAACAUCGUAAUCAACAAUGUUACAUUCUUUCAAGCUAAUGCAGUACUCGAGACAACUGUUCUUGUCAUUGUAGGGCGACAAAUAAUUCAGUAUACCAACAACGGUUAUGGAGUCAUAAGCGUUAAAGGAUUAAAAGUCUAUAGCACUCUUCCUGGUUACGCUCUUCCUAUGUUCAGAGGUACAAAAACACGCAAACAGCGUGUAUGGAAACGGGCUAAAGGAUACAUCACACACGAAUAUAAAGUUAGGGUGGAUGAUGAAGGCAAAUUUUGUAAAAAAUGUAAAUUGAAAUUGCGCCAACGAAAAAUUAUAACGUUAACUAAACUGAUACCGAAAACAUUGCGUCCACUCCACUACAAACCAGACUCUAAAAACACCAUGAAGCCAUUUCUGCUGAUAUUGCAGAGAUAA